AUCAUCUUGUUCUUCCGGUUGACUUCCGGUCACAGGCGGUCCAACAUGGCGGCUCACAUGUCGAGGUGCCGAACCUGGAGUCGUGUUCAAAGGUUUGGGAUUGCAGCUUACAGAAAGUACAGCAGUGGUGGCGGAUACCCGAACAUCUCCCUCUCCACGCCACUGCCUGGGAUCCCCAAACCAGUGUUUGCAUCUGUGGAUGGUCAGGAAAAAUAUGAGACCAAGAUUACUACCCUAGAAAACGGCCUCAAAGUUGCCUCCCAAAACAAGUUUGGUCAAUUCUGCACAGUUGGAAUUCUAGUAAACUCUGGAUCCAGACAUGAAGCAAAAUACCCAAGUGGAAUAGCACACUUCUUAGAGAAACUCGCCUUUUCUUCCACAGCACAGUACGGGAGUAAAGAUGAAAUCCUCCUCACAUUGGAAAAACAUGGAGGGAUAUGUGACUGCCAAACAUCGAGAGACACCACCAUGUACGCUGUGUCUGCUGAAGUUAAAGGUCUGGACACCGUGGUCAGUCUUCUGUCUGACGCCGUCCUGCAGCCUCGCCUGCUGGAUGAUGAGAUCGAGAUGACCAAAAUGGCCGUUCGCUUUGAGUUAGAGGAUCUGAACAUGAGGCCGGACCCUGAGCCGCUGCUCACGGAAAUGAUCCACGCUGCUGCAUAUCGAGGCAACACGGUUGGACUCCCUCGCUUUUGUCCCGUAGACAACGUGGACAAAAUUGACAAGACGAUGCUUCACAGCUACCUGCGGAGCUACUACUGUCCUGAGCGCAUGGUGCUGGCCGGAGUGGGCAUUGAGCACGAGCAGCUGGUGGAAUGUGCCAGGAAAUACCUGCUGGAUGCCAAGCCGGUGUGGGGAACGAGUACAGCGGCUAACGUGGACCUUUCUGUGGCUCAGUACACUGGAGGCAUCAUCAAGAUGGAGAAGGACAUGUCGGACGUGAGCCUCGGCCCCACCCCGAUCCCAGAGCUCACCCACAUCAUGAUCGGCUUGGAGAGCUGCUCCUUCCUAGAGGACGACUUCAUCCCGUUCGCGGUGCUCAACAUGAUGAUGGGUGGAGGCGGCUCCUUCUCUGCAGGAGGACCUGGGAAAGGCAUGUUCACCCGCCUCUACCUGAACGUGCUCAACAGGCAUCACUGGAUGUACAACGCCACCUCCUACCACCACAGCUACGAGGACAGCGGCCUGCUGUGUAUUCAUGCUAGUGCCGACCCCAGACAGGUGCGGGAAAUGGUGGAAAUAAUAACCAGAGAGUUCAUUCAGAUGGCUGGAAACGCAGGAGAGAUGGAGCUGGAGAGAGCCAAGACUCAGCUCAAGUCCAUGCUGAUGAUGAACCUGGAGUCACGACCGGUUAUCUUUGAAGAUGUUGGUCGGCAGGUUCUCUCCACGGGAAAGAGGAAGCUGCCACACGAGCUCUGCCAUCUAAUAAGCAACGUGACAGCAGGUGACAUUAAGAGGGUGGCCACCAAGAUGCUGCGCAGUAAACCCGCUGUCGCCGCUCUGGGAGAUCUCACGGAGCUGCCGUCGUACGAACACAUCCAGGCCGCCCUGUCCAGCAAGGACGGACGUCUGCCCCGCAUGUACCGCCUCUUCCGGUAGACCGCCCGCCGUCACUGGCUGUAACAUAAACUGGACUGGACGAUUACACUAGUGUUCCCUCCCGACACAGAACUCAGCACAGCUCGCUCUGGGAGGGGACUAAUACCUGGGCUCCGACCCCAGAAAACCUCUGAGAAAUGUGGGGAUUUUUAAGAAACAAUACAUUCUACUCUAUGGUAAACAUGGUCUGGAGAAUUUGUAUUUAUUGUUUAUGGGCAGGAAGCCAUAUGUCAUUGUGUUUCAAAGAUGCACGAGUUUGGUCAUAAAGGGACAGUUUAUCCCCCAAAAACUAUGUUUGCUCACUUCCCCUUAAAAAAAAACAAAAAAAACCCCGAAGGAAUGUUGUUACACUGUGAAUCGGUGUAUAGAUAAUCCCCAGGAGUGUCUGCACUGUUUCACUUUUUAUUCAGGCCUUCCUCAAGUUGCAGACCUUCAGCUCUUUAAAAUUCCUGUUUUUCUAGAGCGAAUAGAUUAAGUAAAACCCUGAAAAAUCUUAGUAUUUAUACAACAGCACUUCGUAACGCCCCUUCACAGCACAGGAGACCUGACCACAGCAAAAACUAACUGAUAAAGAAUGAAGACAUUGGAAACUCUUGGAUCAGUGACCAACUUUACUGUUUUACUGUUAUCUGAAAGAGGCUUAAAUCUGAAAAGUGGUGUGUUUGUGUUUUUUAUGGUUGUUUUUGUUGCCAGUGUAAACUACACAAGUUACAUGGGUAAAUUAAAGCAAUAGUUACACAUUUUGGAGGAAAGUUGGAUGAGAAGAUAACCGCUCUUCUUACGUAAAGACCAAAUCUUAGCCAUUAGCCUGUUAGCUUAGCUCAGCUUAGCUUAGCAUAAAGGCUGGAAACAGGGAAGUCAUUUGGCCUAACAAAACCAGCAGCUGGGAAUCUCACUUAACAGGAUACAUCAUUGUUGUUUAAUCUGAGCAAAAAAUUAAGUUUAAAAACCAAAAUCAGCAGCUUCAUGGGGCCACUUCCUGUUAGGUUUCUGGACGAGUCUCGUUCAUCAGCCCCUAAAACUGCUAAUGGUCUUUUUUUUUUUUACAAUUUUUAUUUUGCUUGGAUUAACCAGCUGAAUAUAAUCUAUGAAUCACUGAGCUUUAAGAGGUGCUACUAGGUGGAUAUUUUUGUUAUUGAUGGGCCGGUCCCGAUUGUGUCUUACUAGCGCUAUGCUAAGCUAACUGGCUGCUGCUUUGGCGCUGAUAUGCUGCAUUCACUUAAUAUUGGUUUAAUGGGAAAAACACACUUCAUUCUCGCAGUGUUUGGUCAUUAUUUCAGGGUGAUUUGUCUUAACAAAUGGUGUAGUGAGACAAACAGCCUAAAUUAGAUCAUUUGGUUGACAGCUCCUGUAAAAUCGGCUUAAUUCACUGAGUUUAUUUUGAUGCAGCCGCCCAAGUUUGGAGCUCUUUUUACCAAGUAGGAGACAAAUAAACAAAAGUGAUGUUCUCAUCCAACUUUCUGCCAGAAAGGGAAUAAAAACUAUUAUGUUAAGAGACAAAUCUACUGUAUGUCUUAUUGUCGGUGACUUCUGAGGCUUACAUCUCAAACAUUUCAAAACAGUUUUUUCCAAAUAUAUCCAAAUUUAUUUUCCUCGUGUUUCUGGCUUCUAACUGCAGUGAAUGUGAACUCUGUCAAAAACUGUACACAAGCUGGUAAAUAAAUGAAAUUACAUGAAUGAAA